GAACAUUUGUGUACCACGUCGAAAAAGCAUAAAUGGGAUCAUGACUAUGUUCGUUACUGGUUCACCUGUACAACAGAAGUGGAUGGAACUCAGCGCCCACAGUGUGUACUGUGUAACUUUGUGCUUUCCGAUGCUGACCUCAGACCAUCAAAACUGUCCAACCAUUUUGACAGACAGCACAAUGGUAUAGGUGGACACGAUCUCAGUAGCCUGAAGCACAUGCCGACACUCCAAUCAGAGACCUUGAAAGCACUUGGAGUUACCUCUCAUGAGGAUACCUUGUUACAAGCAUCAUAUCAGUUUGCAUAUUUAUGUGCCAAAGAGAAGAAUCUUCACACCAUAGCUGAAAAACUAGUGAAGCCUUGUGCUUUGGAAAUUGCACAGAUAGUUUUAGGAUGAGAUGCACAAAAGAAGCUUUAGCAGAUCCCCCUGUCAGAUGACAUGAUCCAUUCUUGGAUUGACGAAAUGAGCCAGGAUAUACUACAACAAGUUCUAGAAGAUAUCAGAGCCAGUCCUCUUAAAGUGGGUAUUCAGCUGACUGAGACAACGGGCAUGGAUGACCACAGUCAGCUCAUGGCAUUUGUGAGAUACAUAAAAGAAAAACAGAUCAUAGAGGAAUUUCUAUUCUGUGAACCCCUGCCAUUAACAACAAAAGGAGUGGAUGUCUUCAAUCUCCUAAGAGACUUCUUUUUGAAACAUAAGGUAUCACUCGAUGUGAGUGGUUCUCUGUGUACUGAUGGUACCUCCUCGAUGCUAAGACAAAAUUCAGAGUUUGUUGCUUAUGUGAAAAAAGAGGUACCUAACAUUCUGGUCACACAUUGUUUGUUGAACCCUCAUGAACUGGUCAUGAAAAUAUUGCCUACACACCUAAAGGGUGCCCUGCUUACUGUGGUCAGGGUAAUAAAUUUCAUCAAAAGGCAUGCUCCCAAUCAUCGCCUAUUUCAGGCCUUCUUUAAAGAAAUUGGUAAAGAAUAUAGUGUUCUCCUUUUCCAUACUGAAAUGAGGUGGCUUUCCCGAGGCCAGAUAUUGACUCACGUUUUUGAAAUGUAUGAAGAAAUAAACCAGUUUCUUCAUCACCGAAGCAGCAGUUUAGUUGAUACCUUUGAAAAACAAGCAUAUAAAAUUCACCUAGCAUAUCUUGCCGAUUUAUUCAAACAUCUAAAUGCAUCCAUGCAAAGGACUGGAAUGAACACAAUAUCAGCUAGAAAGAAGUUGUCUGUUUUUAUUAGGAAGUUUCCAUUCUGGCUGAACAGAACUGAGAAAAAAAAUUUCACUAACUUUCCUUUUCUCGAACAAAUAAUUGUUUCAGAGAAAGACGGAGUGUGCAUUGCCACUGAAAUCACACUGCAUUUGCAACAGUAGAGCAACUUCUUGCAUGGGUAUUUUUCCAUGGGAGAUCUUGAUGAGGCAAGUAAAUGGAUACUGGACCCAUCUCUUUAUAACCUGGAUUUUGUAGAUGAUGGUUAUAUAAUGAAACGUGAUCUUGCUGAUUUACAAGCUAGUGGUCAAAUCCUAAUGGAAUUUGAGACAAUGAAGCUGGAGGGUUUCUGAUGUGCUAAUUUCUUUGUGUUUCCAAACCUAGCUAAGAUAGCUUUAGAAACCCUCAUACCAUUUGCAACCACAUAUCUUUGUGAGUUGGGAUUUUCAGCCCUUUUACAUUUUAAAACAAGAUCCAAAAGCUGCUUUAAUGUGAGUGAUGACAUUCAUUUGCCUAUUUCAAAAACAGUUCCUCAUUUCUCAGACAUCAUUGAACUAAAACUGCAGCAGAAGUUACUGUAA